UUCUUCGUCUGAGAAAGAACGAAGCAGUGUAACUUUGUUUUACCAAGAUUGGAUGAAAGCUGAGCUUCGAGUGUUCAGUAACUGUUAAAGGAAUAUUUGAAGAAAAGCUAACAAAAGAGAUGUGGAGACAGCAGCUUAAACGGUGGCAGAGUGCAGCAGAGGGAGAGAUUUCCGAAACGGCUAAAAAAGACAAAGAAUAUGAGCUGCGUCACGACAUCCUGGUGGCUGAUUUCAACCCCAAAGAUCUGCUGCACAGAUUAGAUGUUGAGCAGAAGAUGAUGAUGAUUAAAGAAGAAUCUCCUGUAGACCACACUCCUUGUGAUGACCUGGAUGAUCCAAAGCCUCCACACAUAAAGGAGGAACAGGAAGAAGUCGGCACCAGUCUGGGGGGAGAGGAGCAACUCAAUGGGAAGGAGGAGAUUGAUGGCAUCAAGUUUCCUGUCACUGCUACUCCUAUAAAGAGUGUGGAUGGUAAACAGUCGCCUCUACUCUCACAGCUUUAUCAAGACCAAAUUGAAGGCAGAGAGCUUCUAGAAGACAACGAUGGAGAAGAAUCCAUCAGGAUACAAGAUCAUGGAGAUGGUUCCAUUUCCUCGGAGUAUGAAGACAAUGAGACGGAUGAAGAGGAUAAUGAUAUAAAGCACCCUGUAUCUGCGCUGAAACACUUGUCAGAAUCUGGUCAAAAAACUAAGGACAUGGACAAUGACUGGAAGGAGAGCAGAGCUACUGGGUUAGAUGGAAACAUUAACAACCCUUAUAGCUGCUCUGAGUUUGCUGAACAAUUUGUUCACCAUCCCUCUCUUCAGAAACAUGGGACAGAUUCAGAAAUGGGGUCUUCAAGUUCUCUGGAUAGUAAAUGUUUUAUAGAGAAGAAAAAUGUGGACUCACGAAGGAAAGACCAGAAAGGAGGGAGGUUUAGCUGUGAAGACUGUGGUAAAACAUUUAAUGGAAAAAACAGUUUAAACAAACAUAAAGUAAUCCACACCGGAGAGAAACCUUUCUGUUGUGAUCUUUGUGGACAGAGAUUUAACAGGAAAGGAAGUUUAAAAAGACACAUGAUAAUCCACACAGGACUGAAACCAUUUUGCUGUGAAAUCUGUGGACAAAGAUUUACCCAAAAAUCAAGUUUAAACACACACGAGAUAAUCCACACAGGACAGAAGCCUUUCUGUUGUGAUUUUUGUGGACAAAGAUUUAGCCAGAAACGAAGUUUAAACAGACACAUGAUAAUCCACACAGGACAGAAGCCUUUUUGUUGUGAUCUUUGUGGACAAAGAUUUGGCGAAAAAGGAAAUUUCAACACACACAUGAGCAUCCACACAGGACAUAAACCUUUUUGUUGUAAUCUUUGUGGGGAAAAAUUUAGUGUAAAAGCACGUUUAAAUACCCACAUGAGAAUCCACACAGGAGAGAAACCUUUCUGUUGUGAUCUUUGUGGGCAAUUAUUUAGCCAAAAAGGAAGUUUAAAUAUACAUAUGAGAAUCCACACAGGAGAGAAACCUUUCUGUUGUGAUCUUUGUGGACAACGAUUUAGUAUAAAGGGCUCUUUAAACGAACAUAUGGCAAUCCACACAGGAGAGAAACAUUUCUGUUGUGGUUUUUGUGGACAAAGAUUUAGCACAAAGGGCUAUUUAAACAAACAUAUGAGAAUCCACACGGGGCAGAAACCUUUCUGUUGUGGUCUUUGUGGACAAAGAUUUAGCAUACAGGGCUAUUUAAACAAGCACAUGAGAAUCCAUAUUAAAGGGAAAAUGGCUAAGCUUUGAAUACUAUCUAAAACUGCACAGCAGCAUUUGCAAGUGAAAUAUAUGCGCAUUGUCAUUAAAGGUAACAGUCUCGUUGGUUUCUGCAUUUCUCUAAUGGUCAGUUGUUUGUAUUUUAAUCUUAAACCCUGUUUAUUAAAGGUACAGGUUUCCAGGUAUGUUUUAUCCACUGUAUGUCUUCUAUUGUUCAGAGUUGCAGUGCAGGUUUGUUCCCAGUGCAUGUAAAUAGUGCUUGAACUCAUCUGUAUGCCAGAGUAUCUUUGAGUCAAGAUAAAGUCAGCUGAAGCUGGGACCAAAGAGGAUCAUCAACAGGAUGAUGAUCCCAAACACAGCAGGAAAUGUAAAAUGAUUAGCUUGAAAAAUAAGGAAUCAGUGAGCUGCAACGGCCUGGUUGAAGCCCAUACCAAAACUUGUUUGAACUACCAGGAUCUCACCAGUGCUAUGCAAAAAUUGAUGUCUUUAAACCUCAAUUAAACCAAUCAAGGGUAAAAAGAGGGUGGAGGGUUUUUUUUUUUUUUCGUUUUUUUUUUUGCAUGUCAGCUUUCAGUCCUCUCAACCGGUAACAGCCGAUGGGUGUUCAUGCAUACCUGGGUUCUGCUGGAAGUUUACUCCGGUUGAAACAGUUUUUCUUUCCAUUUUCACCAGAUGCUUGCUCAGUAUGGAGGUCUGCAGUGAAGUCAAUGCCUUUAUGCUGUUGGCUGAGCUUCCAUAAAAGGAUAACUUUUUACAAAUUGCUAUUUUAUCCUAAAUUUGGCUUCAUAUUGUUACAACUAGGUUUGAAUUGUUUUUUUCUGUCAUUAAAUUUAUUCUAUGUGAUCGGAUGUUGUACUGAUUUAAUUUUAUAUUUCAAGAUAUAAACUGAAUCUUUUUCUUAUAAGGUGCUUCUGGGUAAAAUAUGUUAACUUGUGCUAUAUAAAUAAAGUAGAGUUGAAUUGAAUUUGAUAUUUGAGCUUACUUUUUAAAUUGAAUACAUUCAAUAAAUUAACAUCUUGAUAUUUUAA